AUGUCCGGCAGACCAAGAAUGCUGGAAAUGUUCAACGAGCAGUUCCCACGAUUUGCCGGCCAACUAGAUCGGAAUAAGCUCUACACACGGAGACGAGCGAUUUUGUCACACAACAUGCUGUCCCCGGCUGAAAUAGAGGCCAUCAAGUUGGAAGUGCAACGAGAACUGCGUAGAGAGAGUGGAAGAUCGAGCGAUAUGUCGAGAAGGAGCUCUGCUAGGCUGAGUGCAUCGUUCGCUAGUGAAAGGCGCGAAUCUAUGGCACCACCACCGGAUCCAGUGGAUGAGCCUAGAGGACAAGAGCCGGCAGAGGAUCAACAACGUGGUCAACUAAAGAACGAAUUGGCUUUCCACAUGGAUGCAGCAGUGACCCAGUUUUACGGAACGGACCCCUUAACCCGACACAAGAUUCCGAAGUUGCAGUAUUCCCACCGACUAACGAGUGCCGUCCAAGUACUCGACCAGGAAGUUCUACCUAUGUACCUGGAAGUGGUAGAGAAUCUAGAGGAGCUGCAAUUUAUCGUUUAUUGUGGAACUGUAGCUGUUGUACGGACGUUAGGAAUGCGCACCUUUCACCAAGACGAUAGACAGAACCGCGUACUCUCCAAAAAACCGAAACCUGCUUGGAUGAGACGCCUGGAAGGUCGUAUCCAAACGCUCCGAGUAAAAAUCGGUCGACUAACGCAGUACAAGAGGGGAAGUCGAUCGCGAAAGCUGAUUCGUGGAGUUGCUGAAAUUGUGAAGCCGGCAGAGCUCUCUGAUCUUAAUGAAAACCGCAUCAUUGAGAUCCUCGACACCCAUGUACAACGGUUGAGUGCUCUAUCAAAAAGGUUAAGACGUUAUACGGAAUGUACGAAAAGGCAUGCGGAUAAUCGUAUGUUCAGUAUGAACGAAAGGGAGUUCUACAGCCGCAUCAAAAAGAAACGCAAUAAUUACGAUAGUGGUCUUCCUGAGAUUGACGAAGUUACCCAGUUUUGGUCAGGGUUAUGGGAGAACCCUAUUCAACACCGAAGUAACAGAAUGUGGCUGGCAGAAGAAGAGGAAUAUGGAAACGGACUUGAAGCAAUGCCUGCCGUUAUGGUAACCGCCCAUGAUAUCAACGAAGCCAUUCGAUUUGCCAGGAAUUGGGCUGCCCCAGGACCAAAUUUCGUGCACAAUUUCUGGAACAAAAUUUUUUCUUCAACUCAUGGGCGAAUGGCAGAGUGCUUCAAUACGGUACUAGAAAAUCCCCAAAUAACACCGGAGUUCGUGACCAAGGGAAUUACUCAUCUGAUGCCAAAGGAUCAAGACACAGCGAAUGCGGCGAAGUACGAGCCAAUAACAUGUCUAACGAGCCUGUACAAGCUACUUACGUCGGUGAUUAACAGAAAGAUUCAAAACCAUUGCGAUGUGAAUGAAAUGUUAACAGAAGAACAGAAAGGCUGUAAACAAAACACGCGGGGCUGCAAAGAUCAAGUCGUUAUCGAUGCAGUCAUCGUCGGACAAGCAAGCCGAAACAGAAGGAACCUGAGUAUGGCGUACAUUGACUAUAAAAAAUCAUACGACUCAGUACCACAUACGUACUUGAUAAAGGUACUAAAAAUGUACAAGAUACAUGAUGGCGUCAUCAGGUUUAUGGAACACGCAGUGGUAAACUGGAGCACCUCGCUUUGUAUCACCGACGGAACAACUAUGUUGAGAUCCAGAACACUCUAUAUUCGCAGGGGAAUAUUCCAAGGUGACACAUUCAGUCCUUUGUGGUUUUGCCUUGCGAUGAACCCCUUGAGCAGAGCACUCAACCGAAGCAGCAAUGGCUACCAUAUAAAUAGAACAACAACUAUAAAUCAUACCUUCUAUAUGGACGACUUGAAACUGUUUGCGGAAUCAACAGAAACGCUACAAAGUCUUCUACAGUGUGUUAGCGACUUUAGUUCCGAUGUGCGGAUGGAACUCGGAAUCGAAAAGUCUAGCAUCAAACACAACUUGGUAAAUCAGUUGGUACCCUACUAUAAGUAUAUUCCGGAUCCGGUUUUGGAAAAUAGCUGCUACAAAUUGUACUGGGAUCGCGAGAUCAUUAUGGAUGUCCGAAUACCAGCUAAUCGCCCUGAUAUUGUGGUCUACGACAAAAAGGAGAGAGAAGUAUUAAUUAUAGACAUUGCGAUACCGUUAGACCACAAUCCUCAAUCAACGUUUGCUGCCAAGAUAACUAAAUACCACGACUUGGCAAAAGAACUAAGACAAAUGUGGGAUUCACAGGGCAUCCGCAUUAUACCAGUGAUAAUCUCAGCAACUGGUUUAGUUCCCCACUCUCUCACGCAGUCUUUGGAGGAGCUGUAA